AGGGCAUAAAAGAGGGAGCGCAGCAGCACCGAUCUCCAUUUCUGUCUCAAUAGUCAACUUAUUUUCCUGUUAAAUUUUUACACGUACUCUCAAACCCAAAACACGAUGGCGUCCAUGGCAAUUUUAUUUAUGCUACUUGCGGUCACUUUUCGCAUACAGGCGAUUCACAAUGUACCUGAUAUCUUUCCAGAAACAGAACCAGGACAAGAGCUCCCGGAUACACAAGUCAUCGUGGAUAGAAUCAAAGAUUCCUGUCCACCAUUCGGAUCACCAGACGAACAAUUCAAAGUGAUGGUGUUGGGCAGUUUAAAUCCACUGGCAGGCGGUUGUGCUUCUAUGCGAGCAGAUAUUGGCGAUUUUGUACCAGCGUUUGAAAUUUUGCUGGGCGAUAUUGAUUAUAGCGUUAGAGGUCACCAAAAAUUGGUACUUCUAAGAAAUAGAAGAGGCUACGUGUUUCAGUGUUCAUCAAAACAUCCGUUCAUAGAGAAUGGAAAUAUUGAAGGCUGGUAUGUCCAACUAUUUAUCAAUAGUGCAAAAAAAAAUGACUACAGAUGUAGCUUGUACAAAAUACUCAACCAACAAGGAACAAUCAAGAUGUUGAUUAGCGCAGAUGAAUGGUGUGAUGGUCUGCCAGAGAUUUUGAAAUAUGACGGUUACAGAGUACCAAAUGGACAUUCUACAAAUGGUUCUCUUGCUCUUAUAUUUGCAAAGCAUUGGGCACCAAAUCCAUUUCCAGAAUUUCCGGAGUAUGAUUUAUUAAGUGACAUGUGUGCAUUAGGGUGA